GAGAAAAAGGGACAAGAAUCUCAGAAGGGGCCGGAGAUGGAAGUGGCCAAGCUGGACAAGCUGCUUUCUCUGGAGCCUCCCAAGCCUCCAUCCAACCCUACCUGCCAGCAGCCUCCAUCCAACCGUACCUGCCAGGUGCAUCCCAAGCCUCCAUCCAACGCUACCUGCAAGGAGCCUCCCAAGCCUUCAUCCAAUGCUACCUGCCAGGAGCCUCCAUCCAACCCUACCUGCCGGGUGCAUCCCAAGCUUCCAUCCAACCCUACCUGCCAGGAGCCUCCAUCCAACCCUACCUUCCAGGUUAAUGCCAAGUCUCCAUCCAAUGCUACCUGCCAGGAGCCUCCCAAGCUCCCAUCCAACCCUACCUGCCAGGAGCCUCCCAAGCUCCCAACUAAUGCUACUUGCCAGGACCUUUCCAAGCCUCCAUCCAAUGCUACCUGCCAGGAGCCUCCCAAGCUCCCAUCCAACCCUACCUGCCAGGAGCCUCACAAGCUCCCAACUAAUGCUACUUGCCAGGACCUUUCCAAGCCUCCAUCCAAUGCUACCUGUCAGGAGCUUCCCAAGCCACCAUCCAACACUACCUGCCAGGAGCCUCCCAUACCGCCAUCCAACCCUACCUGCCAGGAGCCUCCCAUACCGCCAUCCAACCCUACCUGCCAGGAGCCUCCCAAGCCUCCAUCCAACCCUACCUGCCAGGAGCCUCCCAAGCCUCCAUCUAACGCUACCUGCCAGGAGCCUCCCAAGCCUCCAUCCACUGCUGCCAGACACCGGGGGUCCGGGUGGAGAUGA